CACACAUGUCCACGUUUCAUCAUUUCAGAGACCAGCCUCAUCGACUCACCAAAAAUUGAAUCUUCCUCUUUCAGAAAAUAACACCAAUGGUAGUUGAGCUCAAGCAAUGAUCUUUUUGCUUUCCUUCACAAAUUCAGCUGCUACCCAUCUCGUCUCCCUCUCCAAAAUCCCAAUUCUCAGAACCCCACCAUUCUCCACCAUGUCCACCAAUUUCUUCAGGUCUCAUGCCUUUGCAGGCAAUCCCAUUAAGCUAAGAACCCCUAAACCAACUGAUCCAUUUUCACCAGCCUCUGCUCUUAAGACCCUUAAAGACCUUCUUUUAGGAAAUACCCAUGAACCCCAUUCUCCUAAUUUCAAGAUCUUGCCUUUCAGAAAGGGUAGGCCAUUGGCCGGUUCAGUCAGGGGUUCGAAUGAGCCGAAUUGGCACCUGGCUUGGUUGAGUUUUGGCGAUUGUAAGGCUUUCUUGGAGAAUUCUGAGGUUAAUUUGAGUGAAGAUUCUUUGGUUUAUCUGGGUUCUGAUUCUGAAGGUGAUAGGGUUUAUGUUGUGUACUGGGGUAUUGAUGUGACAGAGGCUGGUAGUGGAUUGGUAAAAGAAUUGGGGGGUAAGCAGUUUUGUUUUGUUGAGCUCAGGACUCUGAUGGUUGCCACUGAUUGGGAAAAUGCUUCAGCCAUGGGUCAACUUGCUAUUGCUGGUCAUGCCAGAUCAUUACUAGAAUGGCAUACAGUAUCACGUUUUUGUGGAUUUUGUGGAGGUAAGAACAUUUUGAUUGAUGCUGGGAGACGAAAACAGUGCUCUAAUGAGUUAUGCAAGAAGAAAUACUAUCCUCGAGUUGAUCCAGUUGUGAUUAUGUUAGUUAUUGACAAAGAGAAUGACCGUGUGCUAUUAAGUAGGCAGUCGAGAUUUGUGCCUCGCAUGUGGAGUUGUCUAGCUGGUUUCAUGGAGCCAGGGGAAAGUUUGGAGGAGGCUGUGAGAAGAGAAACAUGGGAGGAGACCGGUAUUGAAGUUGGACAAGUUGUUUACCAUAGUUCUCAGCCAUGGCCUGUUGGACCUAGCAGCAUGCCGUGCCAACUUAUGGUAGGAUUCUUUGGAUAUGCAAAAUCACUGGAUAUUAAUGUGGAUAAGGAGGAAUUAGAAGAUGCGAAAUGGCACAGCAGAGAAGAUGUGAAGAAGGCACUCACAAUUGCGGAAUACAAGAAGGCACAGAGGACUGCCGCUAGUAAAGUGGACCAAAUGUGCAAGGGUGUAGAAAGAGGACAGAGCUUGUCUUCCGACUUCAAUGUGGAAAGCGGGGAACUUGCUCCUAUGUUUAUCCCGGGGCCCUUUGCAAUUGCUAAUCAUCUCAUUUCCUCUUGGGUGAAUGGGGUUGAAGCACAACUUGCAAGUUCUUUCUCAAAUUUAUAGGACUUUAGUAAUUGACAUCAACAAUGUUAUUCUCAAAGCCUCUUAGGCCACUAGCCUCCGAUGAGACGAACAAUUAAUCUUACAGGGAAUGAACCUCCAUUGCCAUUGUAGAUGAAUGCUACUGGCAAGUGUGAAAAGGCAUGUGUAUGCGUACAUGCAUGUAUACAUAGCAGACGUUCAAGUAUACAUUUUAAGCAAUUGUUCGUAGGACUACUUUAUUUGUAAUUUGAAUUUUGUGUUAUAGAGAUAUUUACGCUACAUAGCCCUUAUUUGAGUUUUUUUUUUAGCUUUUAUUUGUGUAUAAACAACACCUUUCAUAUAAUAUUAGACGUACUUAUAUCA